AUGACCGAAGAACACACCGCUUCGUUCAAGAUCUACUUCGCUGUACCCCGAUUUAGGAUCGCUUACAAAAACAAAAGGGAUCUCUUCGAGGCUUUUCAGAAGAAAAUGAAGGAACUCAAUCUUGACAUCGACAACAUCACAUGCGCGGAUUGGGACGGUGACCGCUCUUUGGUGAACACUCCUGAUGAUCUUUUUGAUGCAGUCGAUGACUACAGCGCAGCAGCCUUCUCCAGCAGUGAAGAGGAAGAGGAAGAAAGGAAAGAGAACGGAAAGAAUGAAGGAACGGCAACGAAGCAAUGCAGAUCUCGCCCUCAUUCUUGCGAUUGUCGGCGUGCACGGUCUUUUUCCUGCGAUGGCUCUUAUGAAUACCCAACUCCACAAUCUUUUUAUACAACCAGCCCACUAGUGGAUCCAUGCUUCCCCUGUGUGCCAUUUGACGCUGCCGAACAGCCCUAUAGGCACAUGUCAUCUUUUCGUCCGGAAAAACUUUGUCGGUCAAAGAACAUCAAAUGCAAGAAACGUCGCCAUUGUAGAUGUGAACGCCUAACUAGGGACUGA